UAAUAAAAUAUCUGAGCCAAGAAAGAGACAUCACAUAGGACUAUUAUUUUUCCUCAGUUCACAAGUUUGUUUAUACAUAUUGGAUUUAGUCCUGAUAUCACAAACUUCAUUCGAAACAAACACAAUGGAGCCUUCUCAUCUCUUUUCCCGAAUUCUUCUUGUGCUUUUGAUAUCAGGCCUGGAAUCUGCAAUAGCUUUCAGUAGUACUUCUGGCAAUGAGACUGAUAGAAUUGCUUUACUUGAUUUCAAGAAUCACAUAACUCAAGACCCAUUUCGAAUCUUGCCCUCUUGGAAUGAUUCCCUUCAUUUCUGCCAUUGGAUAGGUGUUAAAUGCAAUCCUACCAAUGGAAGAGUCACGAUUUUGAAUUUGGAAUCACAAAAUCUCUUUGGCUCCAUUCCACCUUCUGUAGGAAACCUCACAUUCCUUACUGGAAUCAAUCUGAAAGACAACAAUUUCCAAGGCGAAAUUCCUCAAGAAAUCGGCCGCCUAAUCCGGCUGCAACAUCUCAACUUGUCUUACAAUUCAUUUUCUGGAAAAAUCUCAAGUAAUAUCAGUCAAUGCAGAGAGCUCACGAUUUUUGAUGUGAGGAAAAAUAGGCUUGUUGGGCAAAUUCCAGAGCAACUCGGCUCACUUUCCAAGUUGGUUUAUCUAGCAGUUGACAUCAACAAUCUAUCUGGAAUAAUCCCAGCUUAUAUUGGAAACCUUUCGUCACUCUACCAUCUUUCGCUCAUGCAAAAUAGCCUAAAAGGAACCAUACCGGAAGAAAUUGGUCUUCUAUCCGGUUUAGGCUUUUUCCAAGUUUCCCAAAAUGGGAUUUCGGGUACGGCUUUGUCAAUCUACAAUAUUUCCUCUUUGUACUUCUUUAAUGUUGUUCAAAACAAUUUUCAAGGGAAACUCCCACCAGAUGUAGGCCAUACGCUUCCUAAUCUUGAAAUAUUUGCUGGGGGAUUAAACAAUUUCACAGGACCAAUAUCGGUUUCCUUAUCAAAUGCUUCGGGCCUUAUGUUGGUUGAUUUUGCUCAAAAUAGUCUUACCGGGACACUGCCAAGAAGUUUAGGAACCUUGCAAGGUAUGAAUCAUUUCAACUUUGAUGAUAAUAAACUUGGAAGUGGUAAAAUUGGUGGCCUAAAUUUUCUGGAAUAUAUGGCUAAUUGGACAAGUUUGGAGGUUUUGGGAUUGGGAAGAAAUCAGUUUGGUGGGAAAUUGCCCAACUCCAUUGCCAACCUUUCAACCACUCUCCAAAGACUUUCUCUGGGUUCUAAUAUGUUAUAUGGAAGCGUUCCUAAUGGGGUUGGAAACCUCGUGAAUUUGACCAGUUUGGGGUUGGAAGGGAACUACUUGAAUGGUAGUAUUCCCGAUGGGGUUGAAACGCUUCGGCAUCUAGUCGUAUUAAAUUUGAAUGUCAACAGAUUUUCGGGGCUAAUUCCAUCUUCCCUCGGUAAUUUGACAUCGUUAACGAGGCUCUUUAUGGAGGAGAAUAGGCUAGAAGGAAGUAUUCCUCCUAGCCUUGGAAGUUGCAGUAAACUGCAGGUAAUGAACCUUAGUAGCAACAAACUGAGUGGCCCCAUACCGAAAGAAAUCAUUGGUCUCUCUUCGCUUUCGAUAUCUCUGGUCUUGUCCAAUAAUUCUUUCACAGGUUCUUUGCCAUUUGAAGUGGGUAACUUGUUUAACGUCAUGGAGCUUGAUCUUUCCAAUAACAAAUUGUCGGGUGAAAUCCCUAGCAGUCUCAGCCGUUGUAUAAGUUUGGAGCGCCUGAAUUUGGGUUGUAAUUUCCUACAAGGAACAAUUCCCGAAUCACUGAAAGCUUUAAGAGGUUUAGGAGAGUUAGAUUUUUCACGCAAUAAUUUGUCCGGACAUAUCCCAGAGUUUCUUGGGAAGCUUUUGUUGCUCAAGAAACUCGAUCUUUCUUUCAACAGUUUGGAGGGCCAAGUUCCAAUUGAAGGGAUUUUUGGAAAUUUCAGCGCAAUUUCUAUAGUCGGGAAUAAUAAGAUAUGUGGAGGCAUUUCAGACUUGCAUUUGCCUUUAUGUUCUCAAGUUGACAAGAAAUCAUCAAGAAAAUUUCUUGCCCCCAGUGUAGUUAUACCUGUAACUACUUGUGUUAUUUUGGGCAUACUUCUGUGCUCUUUGGCUGCUUGUUAUGUGAUUAGAAAAUCAAACAAGAAAUCUUUAGCUGCAUUCUCCACACAGGAUUGGCAGCGGGGAAUUUCUUACAUGGAACUUGCCAUGUCAACCAAUGGGUUUUCUGAGGAAAAUUUGAUUGGUACAGGUAGUUUUGGUUCUGUAUACAAAGGAAUUCUUUUCGGUGAUGGUGCAGUUGUAUCUGUUAAAGUACUAAAUCUUGAAAAGCAAGGUGCGUCCAAGAGUUUCAUGGAUGAAUGCAAUGCUUUGAGGAAUAUACGACAUCGUAAUCUCCUUAAGAUCAUAACCACGUGUUCGAGUGUUGAUCAACAUGGUAAUGACUUCAAAGCUCUAGUACUCGAGUUCAUGUGCAACGGAAGCCUAGAACAGUGGCUCCAUCCGGGACCUAAUGAGGAAAAUGAAGCUAAUAAAAGUCUAAAAUUUAUCCAAAGAUUGAACAUAGCUGUUGACGUUGCUUCUGCAUUGGAAUAUCUCCAUCAUCAUUGCGAGAUACCAAUCGUGCACUGUGACCUAAAGCCCAGCAAUGUCUUAUUGGAUUAUGAUAUGACAGCCCAUGUCGGCGACUUUGGAUUGGCAAGGUUUCUUAUUCAAGCAGCGAAUGAUCUUUCGAAUGAGCAAAACUUAUCUGUGGGGCUAAAGGGUUCUAUUGGAUACAUUGCUCCAGAAAAUGGUAUGGGGGCCCAAGUGUCCACACUAGGAGAUGUUUACAGCUACGGGAUUCUCUUGUUGGAGAUGUUUACUGGAAAGAGACCAACUGAUGACAUCUUCAACGAUGGACUCAGUAUUUGCGACUUUGUUUCAAUGGGUUUGCUUGAACGUGUCAGGGAAAUAGUAGACCGAUCAUUACUCUUGGAAGAGGAGGAGGAGGAGGGUGAUCAUGGUAACAAAGACGGGAUAAUGGAAGAAAGAGCUAUAAUCAAUGAUGGAGAUCCCCAGAGCAGUAAUGCUAGAAGCGGAAUGGUUUUGGACUGCACGGUUUCAGUGCUGAGACUUGGACUUUCAUGUUCUGAUUCACUACCUAGUGAACGGAUUCCAAUGAACAUUGUCGCGAACAAAAUGCAUGCCAUCAGAGACUCGUUUAUUAGAUUUCAGAAGAGGAAUAGGAAAUGAUAUCCGUAUGUUGGUUUUCUUCCCAAGUGUUUGCUUUUUUAGCAUUUAUUUGUCCGUACUAGUCGUGUUUAACUACCUUACCUGUAUGAAAAUCCAAACCAGAGGGUUGCCCUUGUAAAUGUUGCACGUUUGAAGCAUGUAUUAAUAUAGAGAAUAAAUGCAUC